AGAAAAACAAAAGAGUAAGCAUGUUUGUGUCAUGUGUUGGACUGAAAAUUGCACAGCAGGGAUUUCUAAAGAGGAAGCCGGAGAACUAUAACUUAGAGCUCAGAGGACUGAUCGUGUGUGAGUGUGAGUGUGAGUGUGAGAGAGAGAGAGAGAGCGAGAGAGAGAGAGAGAGAGAGAGAAAGAAAGAAUAUCUGUGUAAGCAUCUUUAAACAGAUGUACUAAUAGUAUAUCCUUCCACAAGACCAGAAAAGACUUCCUAUCUCUACUGACAGCUGCUUCAGUCAUCUCUUGACCCUCCAGAGCACAGACAAUAUUGACAAACUAUUAGUUCAUCAUUCUCUCCUAAUGCUCCUUUCCAAUAGAGACAGACCUGGCUGGUUUUGCUGCAUAUAAGGUAUGAACUACAUCAACGGUACCCACGGCGAUAGCUGCGGGAGCCCGGCGCCCAGCAACCGGACGGACUUCAGCAGCGUGUUCACACAGCAUGUGCUGCCGGCUCUAUACACACUGAUCUGUGCUGCCGGCCUCAUACUGAACGGCUCAGCGGCAUUGAUCUUCUUCCGCGUGCCCAGCACCUCGGGCAUGGUGGUGUACCUGAAGAACAUGGUGCUAGCUGAUUUCCUCAUGCUCCUUUCAUACCCGUGGCGGGUGGCCAGCGACCUGGGCAUGGGGGGCUGGCGCCUGAGGCUGGCCGUAUGCCGCUACACGGCUGUGCUCUUCUACCUGGGCAUGUACACGGGCAUCGCCUUCAUGAGCCUCAUCGGCCUGGAGCGCUAUGUGAAGAUCGUGCUGGCCUCUGCAUCGCAGCCGUGCACGGCGCUGCUGCAGCGGCUGCCCAUGGCCCGGGCCCUGGCUCUGCUCACCUGGGCACUGCUGCUGCUCUGCAUGCUGCCCAACAUGCUGCUGACGGAUCGGCCGCCGGCCGAGAGCUGCAGCUGCAUGCAGCUGAAGAGCCCACUGGGCCGGCGCUGGCACGACAUCUCCGCACACCUGGCGGUGGCUGUCUUCUGGGCAGCCCUUGCACUCAUGACCUUCUGCUACGCCUCCAUCGCGCGGCACGUGUGCCGCUCCUACCGCAGGGUGCAGCGGGGCGGCAGCGAGGUGGGACGCAGGUCCAACCGCAGCAUCUUCAGCCUGCUGGCCGUCUUCGUUGUCUGUUUCGUGCCAUACCACAUAUGCCGCGUGCCCUACACGCUGAGCCAGAGGCCCGGAGCCAGGUUCAGCGAACACAGCCGAGUCCAACUCUUCCAAGCCAAAGAGGCCACACUGUUCCUGUCUGCCCUCAAUGUGUGCCUGGAUCCCAUCAUUUACUUCAUGAUGUGCCGGACAUUCCGUGAGGCACUGCUGCGGAAGAUGUCCACCUCGUACAUGGAGAGCAGGAGACCCUCCGUAAGCAACGGGCUGAGUGUGAAUAAUCUGUGAUAAGAAUUGAAGGCUAGGUACAAAUAUAAACACAUGUGACCUCGCACACCACAAAAAACAAACAUGUUAGUGUUGUGUGUGCAAUUUCCUGUCACCAAGACCAAGAUAACUCAGCUCAAGUUUUUAACACAUUAAGGAUCUUGUCACAAUGAUCACUGCAGGGGAACAAACAAUUGUUUUUUUGCAGGAAAUGGGACUUAAACGUGGAGGUAUAAACUCAAACGUAAACAUUGUUAUAUAAACAUUGUAGUGUCAUUAAUAUUAAGAUGUGUGCAUGCAUAAAUGUUUUAAGUUUCAAAUGUUUUGAUUUUUCAUUUAACAUGAACACAUUUAAAAACAUUUUUACAGUAAACAUAAAAGGAGUAUUUCACGAACAUUCUCUUAACUUGUACGACUUGAUGAGAGUGAAUAUAGGAAAAAUACAAAAUUGCAGGGAUUUCGACUUGCAAAUGCCAAAUGAGAACUGAGUCCUGUAAUACGUGUCACCAAACUUGCAGCUGUAGACUUAUCUGCCGCAUCAUGAUAUCUGUCACUGUUUUCUUCUUCCUGGUUUAAAUGUUAUAAGAGCAAGCAGGGACAACAUUUCUGUCUUUUUAUGUCUUGUGACUGUGGAAAGGUAAGUUAAAUCUAUAUGUUUAUUGUAGAUUAAAACCAUAAGCCAUUAAAAUCAUAACCUUG